CUUUAAUWUAUUGGGGUCAAUAACAUUAGAUGUUUGCAAGACAAGGCAAGAUCUAUYAAUAUAAAACACGCUGAGACUCAGACUUAAAGUGUGAUUGUUGAAGUGGUUAUAAAAUAGCAAGUCAUAAUUGAAGAUAAAAGGGRAAAAAAACAUUAUUUGAGCUAGAGUUUCUUCAAUUACUGGAUUACGAUUUGAAUAAUCUUCAACAGCAAAAAGAGAAGUAACUGUUGCUCAGAGCUAGUGAAAAAAAUAUGGAUGAUAAUAUCAACAGUACUGCGUCAAAGUAUCCUAGCCAUCAACCCGAAGCACCAUUCAUCAUCUGGUCUGUUGUCUACUUGUUCGUUGGGCUCCUAAUUUUCCUCCUAAAUUUCGCGACUCUGAUGACGUUUGUUCUCAACAGACAUCUUCGUCGCCGUAGCGUAUACUGCUUGAUGAACUUAGCUGUGGCAGAUAUGAUGUAUGGGGUGUUUAGAAUCACYCAGCAAUCGUUAUAUAUUGGACGAUAUUUAGGACAAACRUAUGACCACAAAGCUAGGACGGCAUUUCAUCUUCUUGGACAUCUGGUAUGGCUWUCGUCUCUAUUCUGYUUAGUUCUCGUCUCUCUUGAACGRGCCUACGUAACGUAUUUUCCUUUCCGAAGCCGGACAAAAGGGCUUCGUAUUUACAUUGUGGUAGUUAUCAUCACCUGGUUUUUACCUAUACUUCCGACGUUUACAAGUUACUUCUUACCUAUUGACCACAACUAUUACUUAAUCGUUUCUGUAUCAUUCUUGGUCUGUUUGAUUCUCAUUUGUGCAUCAUACACAGCGAUUCUGAUCAAAGUCAAAACACGGCCAAAACAACUUCAUAUAAACGAACAGCAAUCAGCCUUCCAAAUCGUUCAAAGAMAAGAACAGCAUCUUGCGAUGACACUAUUUAUUGUUACUGUACUAUCUUUAUUAACGUGGUUUCCAUUGAUCGUMUUUUUGGCGUUACAUAUGUGGUUUAAACUAUCUGAAUCUACCUAUUCUGUGAACAUAUCUAGAUCGAUUUGGUUGAUCCAGACAAUCAACUCAUUGAUUAAUCCAAUUGUAUAUGUGUUCAGAAUGAGGGAUUUUAGAAAGGCUUUAGCACAGUUGGUAUUUAAGUGUUCAAGACAUCGUAAUUCGAUCCAUCCUUUAAUUCUACCCUAUGGCAACCAGGGCGCUGCAAAUCUGCAGGAAUAUGGCUUAACGCGUAAAAGAAAAAAAAAAAGAAAAAGAAAAAGAAAAACUGAAUAA